CGGGGUGGAAAAGGGUUAUCCGGUUUCAAAUAAAAUCCCCAAAAUUCAAGCGACUCGAACGACUGCCGCUUCCUCCGGUGAGCUUUUGCCUUAAAUUCGCCGCUGAAUAUUUCUCCCUCAAUAAAUCCACGUCCCCCCCUCUCCUGUUCUCCCGUAGCCAUGACCACUGGCACUGAAGAAGUAGUAUUAAAAGAAGAAGAAGAAGAAAGAAUGGUUAGGAUGGGAUCGUACGGAGGAAUGGUUAGGCUGCUGACGGUGACGGCAACGGCGAAAUCAGAGGAAGAGGAAGAAGAAAAAGAAAAGGAAGAGUGUUCAUAUGAAGCAGCUGCGGAGGAGAUAAUGCUGCUGUGGGGAAUCCAACAGCCAACUCUGUCUAAGCCGAACGCUUUCGUCUCUCAAGCUUGUCUUGAACUGAAACUGGAUGCGUGUGGCCAUUCACUCUCCAUUUUCCAGUCCCCUUCUUCCUUGAAUACACCUGGGGUCACUGGUGCUGUUAUGUGGGACAGUGGAGUUGUAUUGGGGAAGUUUCUAGAGCAUGCUUCAGACGCGGAGUUACUACCUCUUCAAGGGAAGAAAGUUGUUGAACUCGGCUCUGGCUGUGGAUUAGUCGGCUGCAUUGCAGCUCUUCUAGGCGGUCAAGUUGUGCUCACAGAUCUUCCUGAUAGAUUGAGACUACUGAGAAAGAACAUUGAAGUCAAUCUGAGACAUGGAGAAAUGCGAGGUUCAGCUAAAGUGAUGGAAUUCACAUGGGGAGAUGAUCCUGAUCCAGAACUGACUGAACCUCCACCUGAUUUGGGUAAACAAUUGCUAGGCUCUGAUGUAAUCUAUAGUGAGGAAGCAGUGUUGGAUUUGUUGUCUGCAUUACAGCAACUCUCCGGAGGCGAAACGACAAUCUUUUUGGCUGGAGAACUUCGAAAUGAUGCUGUCCUUGAAUACUUCUUGGAGUGUGCAAUGAAGGAUUUUGUAAUUGGGCGUCUGGACCAGAGACAGUGGCAUCCAGAAUAUUGCAGCAGCCGUGUUGUGUUAUACGUUCUCGUGAGGAAGUGAAGCGAUUUGGGUGGGACACUGACUUGGAGUGCAUUUUUUCCUCACCACUAUUUAGUGUGGUUUAUGUUCACUACUUAUAUAUCAUUGUUAGAUGAGUUUGAACUUUGAGAUUUAUUCCUAUCCACUACACAAAUCUCAAAAUAUCCACUACACAAAUCUCAAAAUUCAAACUCAUCUAACGAUGAUAAAUAAAGUGAUGAGCAUGUCUAGCAAAAAUACUCUUUGUAGUCCUGUGUGAUGGCCUCAAGAGGUGGCUUCAGAAUUCGUAACAAGCUCUGUAUCAUUUUCUUGGGCCUGGCUUUUGUUAUGAUUCAUGGAUUUUUCUGCUUAUGUAUAAAAUUAUAAAUCAUA